UCUUAAUGGUUACUACUACUCACUAAGUCUCCUUGCCCCCCUCGCUCUUCCCGCAGUAUUCCCGAUCACUUCCGAGACAAACUACACGCAACUCUUUCCCAUUCCAUUGAAGCUAUAAUCUAAGCUACCUCCUUUUAGUAAUCUCUCUCUUUCUGCAACAACCUAACCAUGGUUGUCUCCCAUACUUCAUUAGAAACCUAUUCUUUCGUCCAAACAUGCAAAUCCAACUGCGCUUUCCCUUCGAUACCGGAAAUAGACCUGACCAACCCUGACGCAGGUUCACAUGUAGUGAAGGCCUGCGAAGCCUAUGGAUUCUUCAAGGUUGUUAACCACGGAGUCCUUUUGGACCUUAUAGCUUCGCUCGAAUCUCAGGCAUUAAAGUUCUUCAACCUGCCCCAGUCUGAGAAAGAAAACGCAGGACCCGUCGACCCUUUUGGGUACGGCAGCAAGAGAAUUGGAUCCAAGGGCGAUGUGGGUUGGGUCGAGUAUCUGCUUUUCAGCGCCAAUCCGGAAUUCAAUCCCCACAAACUCAUCACCAUAUAUGAUGAAAACCCACAAAUUCUCGAGAAUGCUGUGAAUGAGUACGUAUCGGCUGUUAAGGCAAUGGCCUGUCAACUUCUGGAACUAAUUGCGGAUGGGCUGGAUAUUAAGCAAAGAGACGUGUUCAGCAAGCUGUUGAAGGACGAAAAGAGUGAUUCCCUUUUCAGGGUGAACCAUUACCCGCCAUACCCAGAGCUUCAGGCGUUGAGUGAUCAAAGUUUGGUCGGGUUUGGGGAACACACAGACCCACAGAUACUCUCUGUCGCAAGAUCUAACAGCACGACCGGACUGCAAAUCUCACUCAGCGAUGGCACUUGGGUACCUGUACCACCCGAUGAAACCUCCUUCUUCGUCAAUGUUGGUGAUUCCCUGCAGGUCAUGACCAAUAACAGGUUUAAGAGCGUGAAGCACAGAGUUUUCGCACACAGCACCAACACUAGGGUUUCAAUGAUAUACUUCGGAGGCCCCCCACCGCAUGAGAAAAUCGCAGCCUUGCCCUCGCUCCUUAAGGAAGGUGAAGAAAGCAUGUACAAGGAGUUCACAUGGUCCGAGUACAAGGAUGCUGCGUCCAAGACGAGGUUGGGUGAUAACAGGCUUGGGCCAUUUGAGAAGAAAGCUGCUGCAGGAGGCCGCUGAGGCAGACGAACAAUAAAUCCCCCUUUUUAAGUGACAUGUAUGUAUAGUUGAACCCACGCCCCAAAUAAAAACCAUUUGUUUUCGGGCCUUCAUAUGUUAAAAGGUUCUUUAUGUAUACGAAGGCCCAAAAACAAAAGGUUCUUUAUGUAUAUGAAAGCCCAAAAAUAAAUGGUUUUUCUUUGGAUAUGGGAUCAACUAUAAAUAUAUAGGCUCUUUAUGUAUAUGAAGGCCCGAAAAUAAAUGGUUUUUUAUUCGGGAUUGUCUUUUC